GAGGGGCGGUUCGGUACAGUUUUAAAGGGGUAGUUUGCACAAUGUUUCUUGUUACUUGCAACUGCAAAUAGCUGGAAUUAUUGUUUUACAGGCGUUGAUUGCCAAAAUGACCAGGCACAGUUUUGCAUGGAGUAACUGAACGGGACGUCAGAGUUGAUGAUGUCAAAGCUCUCUCUUGGAGGAAAGCAGUCCUCUGGAAAAAUAAACAACUGGGUGGAGCCAUCAUUUGGUGAACUUUUGGGAGGAGUAAGUAGGUCCCUGAAAAAGGGCCCGCUCUCAGGGGAAAGCAAGACAGCAGAGAAAAAAUCCAGAAAACGGAAAGUAGAUCCUUAUGUAUCCGACAACCAGAUCACUGUGUCAAGUGAAGCAAAUAAUCCAGACCAGGACGAACCCUGGGUGGAUAUUCAUGCUCCCCAAUCACAGGCUGAAUUGGCUGUCCACAAGAAGAAAGUUGAAGAAGUUGAAAGCUGGUUAAGAGUCCAUUUGGACAAAUCAAAAAAGGGUGGCGCCAUUCUGUUGCUUACUGGCCCCUCAGGAUGUGGGAAAACUGCGACUGUUCAAGUUCUUGCCAAGGAAUUGGGUUUUCAGGUCCAAGAGUGGUCAAAUCCUUCCACCACCUCUCAGUACAAAACGGAGGAUUUGUUCACACAAAGCUUUGAUCCAGAUUCAAGGUUUAAUCGUUUCCAUGGCAGCUCGCAAACAGGGUUAUUUCAGGAGUUCCUGCUAAGAGCUAACAAAUACAGUCGUCUGCGAAUGAGCGGAGAGACGUGGACUGAAGACAGGAAAAUAAUUCUUAUUGAGGAAUUUCCAAACCAGUUCUAUAGGCAACCAGGAUGCUUGCAUGAUAUACUCAGGCAGUUUAUUAAGUGUGGUCGAUGUCCACUGGUCCUGAUAGUGUCUGACAGCCUCAGUGGGGACAAGAACUCCAGACUGCUCUUUAAGGAUGUUUUGCAAGAACUUGGAAUUCACAACAUUAGUUUCAACCCUGUGGCCCCCACCAGCAUGAUGAAGGUCUUAAGCCGGAUUGUGACCAUUGAGGCAGUAAAGAGUUCAGGGAGGAUCUCUGUUCCUGAUAAAGCUGCUCUAGAUCUUCUCUGUUCAGGAAGCUCUGGAGAUAUUCGCAGUGCCAUUAACAGCCUGCAGUUUUCCUCAUUUACUGACAAUAGUCUGGAGAGGAGACUCUGGGCUUCCAAAAAGGGCAAGUCCUCAUCAGCUAAACCUGCUGUAAAGGCUAAAGGGAGGAGCAAGUCUUCCAAAUCAAAAGACAUGCAAGAUGAAAGCCCAGCUAUUGGAGGGAAAGAUGCUUCGCUCUUCCUUUUCAGAGCUUUAGGGAAAAUCCUCUACUGCAAACGUGAAAGUUAUGAAGGCACUCAAGCACCCAAGCUGCCUCCACAUUUAACAGAUCAUCAGAGGGACAGACUACUUGUUGAUCCAGAACUUGUCAUUGAGCGUUCCCAUAUGUCUGGUGAAUUCUUCAACCUCUACCUGCAUCAGAACUACCCUGAUUUCUUUUCGGAUGUGGAAGAUAUAGCACAGGCCAGCGAGUACCUCUCUGAUGCAGACUUCCUGACAGCAGAGUGGAGCUCAAGGUCGACCAUGUUGGAAUACGGCUCAUCAGUCGCCACUAGAGGUCUCAUGCACUCAAACUCUUCUCGAGCACAAGCCAACAGCCAAUCCACUGCCGGCUUCAAGCCUCUGCAUAAACCACAUUGGCUUCACAUAAACAAGACGUACCGAGAGAAUUACCAGACAGCACAGUCUCUCUUCUUAAGUUUCUGUCUUACGCCCGUGAGCCUCCUGACAGAAAUGGUGCCUUACCUCGCAAAGCUCACCAACCCAAUGAGAAAUCAAGCUCAAAUAGCCUUCAUCCAGAACUUUGGCCAUCUUUCACAAAAGAGGGUUACUGGAAGACUGAGACUUGAAGCACUUGGUGACAAAGACCCAGGCAUUUUGGAUGCUGACAGCGAAAAUGAGGAUUCUUGUGCUGCUCAGUCACUUGACCCUGGUACCACGCAAGCAAAUGCCACAACUGAGUCCAAUUUGCCAAACAGCCAGGAUCCUUCUGGGGAACUUUCUGCAAGCCAACCCCAGCCUACAAGCACUGAAGCCCUGUUAGAUGAGGAAGACCUCUUAAUUGAGGAAUAUGACAGUGACUGACUGAUCACGUGUCAUGGACAUGUGUAAUAUCACUUACUGAUGCAUUGUUCGUAGGUUUUUGUAUGAUUGUUUGUUUGUUUGUUUUAAGAUGCUAAUUUACAGUGAUUAUUUAAGUGCUUCUACGCAGUAUGUUUGCUGUAGAGAGUUGUUCGUGUUCUUCCUUGUUUAAAUGUGCGUGUUCUGUACACUGUUUCAUCAAGUUGCAUUCUGAAAAUAUUUCACAAUGAGUCUCUGAAAAUAGUAGGAUAAUUUACAGCCAUAAUAGAAGUUUUAUGUUGAAACAGUGUAACAAAACGCGCUAGAUCUGAGAAGUAGACAAUCUACACCUCAGGCAGGGAAGCGACUGCAAUAAAUCAAUGUUUGCAACUUA